AUGCAGAGCAACGAUGGAGAAACGGUGUCAGUGGACGCGGCGACUUUGAGCAUCUUGUGGGCGUGCGCGCGCAUCCUGGAACAGGGUCGCAACCUCGAGGGCUUAGUUGCGGUCUUUCUUCUCCACUGGGCUCUUCUGCCGCACCUGCCGCUCCAACUGCGCGCCCAGAAGGCCUCGCCCGUGGCCUCUCCGCGUGAAGAAUCCUCCCGCUUCCUAGACCAGAUCUACCGGGAGCUUCUACACGUCACAACCAAGGAGACGCUCGAGCAGCUGAGAUCGGUCACGUCUCGCCCGGUAGAAUCCACCGGGGAAAGCUGCAUUUCGCGAUGCGCGGCCGUCCAAGUCGAGAAUCCAACGGAAUGGGAAGCGGAAGGGAAGUGCGAGCUUCUCGACUUCGGUGACGGCCGUCUGUUCCAUUUCCUCGCCCGGAGGUACCUGUCGGCGGACGCUGACGGUGACGUGACGUCAGCACCAUCGGCAAAGGCAGUUCGGACGUGCGUCGUACCAGAGGACGUGGCGUGCAGAGUCCGCUGGUUGUGGGCUGUCGUCAGCGCUGGGGCUCGAAAAGUAGAAGCAGGAGAAAGGGGGCCAGAGUUCCCGUUAGCGCUCAGAGUGGAGGAGCCGGGAACUUUCUUUGCCGCGGGGGUGGAGACUGGAAGAGAGCCCCGGGGACACGACGCCGAUCAGGGCUUUGAUUUGGAGACCGGACCUGCAGAUGGGCUGGGAGAGCGCUGUCUCGAAGUGUGCGACUGCGCGGCAAAGGCCGGGGCCAACGAGGUAAAGAGCGACCUCGUUCUCUUGCCCAUCCACGGCAAUGAAUUGGUGACCGCUUUUCUCGGAGACGGGGCGCUCAGCCUGCCGCACUACCGGGACGACGCGCGCGUGGUGCGCGAGCUGGGGUCCGGGAGCGCGCACUUUGACGAGACGUUCCAUUGGCACACCGGGCAGCCGCUGGAGGACUCGUACUGGCAGGAGGCGUCCAAGGAGUACACCAAAGUGCACAACAUGUCCGCGAAGUCCCUGAUGUCCCACCCAGCCUUUCGAGGUCGCUACUACCAGCGGGUUCUAGAGGCAUUUCACAUCGGGACCAAGACCACCGAGAAGGACCUCACUCUCAGGGAGUGGGCGCUCGCCGAACUCCGAAAGAAGCGCGAGCGCAACGAGCAAUUCAGCGCGCGCGCGCUGCACCGCUACGCCGCGAGUCUUUCGGGGACCAAGUUCUGCGCGCCGACGGGCGUCAUCACUGAACACAAGCGGGGCAGGAGUGCUGGGAAACCAUCCGCUUCUAGUUCUUCUGGCGACCACUCGACUGGCGGUUCCCGCAAAGACGUCGCCGUCGGGAAGAAAGCGAAAGCGCCCAGCAAGAAGGAGCUCAUCAUCGCCGGAAACCUGGAAAGGAAAGCGGGGACCGAGAAAGCGAAGCUGCGCGAGCAGUGGAACGCGCGCCAGAAGGCGCUCGGCGCACGCGCGCUCAGCGCGCGCGAAGCCGCGGAGCUGGAGGAGUUUAUGCGCUCGUGUGGGGCGUUUCCGGACCUGAUGUUUGACGUGGCCGGAAUUUACGUGGAGGGAUGCAUGAAAUCCUGGCGAGAAGUGAGGGGCGGCGGAAGAAAACGUACCGGGCCAUCCCGAUCCGGCGAGAAGGGUAUAAGCGAGCCCUUCACAGAGGGCUCGGACUCCGCGCGGGUGUGGCCCGCAGUCGCGGUCUUCCAGCUCGCGCACACGCUCUUGGAAGAUUAUGCCGACGCGCUCAAAAGUCAAGGCGGAGACGAAGCAAAGCUGCUCGUCGGAAGCAUCACCAAAGCAUUUGAGACGUUUGGGUUCUACGAGGAAGCGAGACACAUCGGUCUGGGCCUCAUCUCAGCGCCGGAAGCUUCCAGCGAACAGAAGGCCAAAGGAAAGAAAGGGCGAGCUUCCAAGGGGGGUUCGGCGAGUGAGCCGGAACCGACCCCCCGGCAGGCCGGAGCGGCGGAAAGCGCUCUUAUUUUGGGCAUGUCGGCUGUACGGUUCCAACUGCAAUACAUGGGGCAUCUCCUUCCGAAGUGCUCCGCCUCCGAGCGCGCCUCGCGGCCGCGCGACGCGCGCGUCGGCUCCCUGGUCGCGGACCCGUGGCAGAGCCGCGUGCUGGACGUGGUCGACUCGAAAGGCUCCGCUCUAGUUUGCGCGCCGACCUCGUCCGGGAAGACGCUCAUCUCCGGAUACUGCAUGCGCAACGUGCUGAGCGAAGAUGACGUCGGCAUCGUCGUUUUCGUGGCGCCCACCAAGGCGCUGGUCAACCAGGUGCGCGCGCAGGUGGCCAAGGACUUUGGCGCCGACGUGCCCGGUGUGUUUACUCGGGACUUUUACGUGCGCCCGCUCGAGUCGCGUGUUCUUGUGACCGUCCCCGCCUGCCUCGAGAUCCUGCUGCUGUCGCCCACAGCCACGUACGGCACAUGGCGGGAGAAGCUGAGAUACGUCAUCUUUGACGAGAUUCACUGCAUCGGCGAGCUGGAAAACGGCGACCUGUGGGAGCACCUGAUGCUGCUGAUCCGGUGUCCCUUUUUGGCGCUCUCCGCGACGGUCAACAAUCCUCGCGAGUUCCAGGGCUGGCUCCAAGGGGCCAAAGACCACCAAAAGAGGCAGGACGCCGCGAGGGGGAAUAUGGGCACAGAUGGGCAGUACAAGGUUCAUUUGAUCGAGCAUCACGAGAGACAUGCCGACUUGGAGAAAUUCCAAUACCUGCCCAAGUCGAUCUCGACGGAACCGGAAGCGGACCUGCCAGCGCGGAACGCCAUCAUCUCGACUUCGGUUCCCGCUUUCCGGCCCUUCCACCCGUUUGCCAGCCUCGAGCCCAACCGCCUGCGCGAAGAGGGCUUCCCCGGCGACAUGUCGCUCUCUCCGCCCGCCACGUUGCAACUCUUCGAUGCAAUGACGUCAAUCUUAGGUCAGCCGCGCACGGCAGGCCCCCCGGACCCCGACUCUCCGCGGAGCGCGACCGGUGGAGAAGGCGUGACUGAAAGAAGGGCCGCGUCACAGUUCGGCGAGCCCGGGGGAGUACCCGGUUGGAGAGAAACCGCUCGGUUGCGGCUGGAGAGAACCCUGGCGCCCGAAGUAUUCUUCCAAGGCAGCGCGCGCAUCACGCGGCCGCGGGUGCGCGAGUACGAGGCCGCGCUGAAGCAAGAGAUGCUGAUAUGGGCACGUGACGUCAGCAGCUCAGCGGCGCAAGGAGAGGGGCCCAAAGCCGUCCAGGGACGACUCCUUCAAACGCCCGGAUCAGCCGAUCUGAGUUUGGCGCAACGGACUCAGUGCGACGGAAGCGACGGCUUUCGCGCUUUGGAUGAGCUUCUGCGCGCGCUCAACGGAGAUCUGAGCGCGCGUGUGCGCGCACUUGAGGAGGAGUGCGCGAGCCGUGGGGUGCAGAUCGAGCGGGACUUCCUGGGCCGGGACAUCAUGAGCCUGCUCCUGGGCUUGGCGGCGCAGGACUGGCUGCCCGCUCUAGUUUUCAACUUCAGCCGCGGGCAGUGCAUGGACAUGGCGCUCCGCGUUGUCGAACGGCUAGAGCGCGCUGAGGCGGAAGCGGAAAAGGCAAGACUUCAUCAAUCAGUGUUUCACUUCUCUGGGAACGUUGAGAAGGCGAACUUCGGCGACCGGUCGGCUGACAAAGUCAAGUCGCAGCUCCUCGAGCGGAAGCGGAAAGAAGACAAGCAAAGGCGCGACAAAGCAAAGCACAAUCGUGGCGACGAUGAAGACCAGGGCUUUGCGAUUGCCGAAGAGGAAGACGAGCUCCUGUGCAAUGCAGAUUUUACCUUUGUCAAGACGCGCGAGCGGAUGCCGCUUGAAGAACUCAGGGAGCUGCUGGACCCGGUGAUUGAGAGCUUCGACGAGGGUUUAGACCACUUUCUGAUCCGGGGCCUCAUCCGGGGGGUCGGUGUGCACCACGCCGGGCUGUCAACCAAGUACCGGCAGGUGGUCGAGAUCCUCUUCCGAGCCAAGCACCUGCGGGUGGUGUUCGCCACCGGAACUCUGGCGUACGGAAUCAACAUGCCUUGCAGCACGGUGGUCUUUGCAGGCGACUCGAUCUUCUUGGACCCGCUCCAGUUCCGUCAGAUGAGCGGCCGCGCGGGCCGCCGCGGGUUUGACAGCGUCGGCCGUGUCGUCUUCUUCGGGGUCCCCACGGACAAGCUCAAGAGCCUGCUGACGUCAGCGGUGCCCGACCUCAGAGGUCAUUUUCCUCUUUCCGUUACCCUGGUGCUCCGGCUGCUGCUUCUGGAAGCCACCGGAGUGGUCGGCCGGGAGAGUACCCGGGACGCAAUGGUCCGGCUCUUGUCAAAUCCGCUGUAUGCGUCCGGGGGACGCCCCGAGCUGCGCCAGCAGAUGAAGCACCUCUUCCGCUUCUCCCUGGAGCUCCUGAUGCGCGCGCAGCUGCUGAGCACGGUGGGCCGCCCGCUGGGCCUGGCCGGACUGGCGGUGCACCUCUUCUGGAGCGAGCCCGCCAACAUGGCCUUCGUCUACCUCCUACGAAACGGGCUGUUUCACCAGGUUUGCGACGACCGGGGCUGGUACACGGUGUCCCGGGAGUUGCUGCUCAUCUGCGCACACAUGUUUAUGCGCAAGCGGCUCCACCCACUCAUGGCAAAGCGGGCCAAGCAGAACCAGUCCCCGUCAAUGAUCGUGCUGCCGCCGCUGCCCCCAUUCAUCGAGAGCGCGCUUGCGGCGCACAACGACGAGGCGUUGCGGACGUUUUCGCAGUACAUCGUCUCGUACGCUCGGGCGCAUGCGGACACCCUGCCGGACCCGUGUGUCCUGCCCGUGUCCGGCAUUGGGUACCCAAGCCUUAAGAAGAGUGAUGGCGUCCGCGCGGCCGCCCCGCGCCUGACGUCAUCAUCCCGGCAGCAGCGAGUCACCCCUCUGCUUGGCAGCCUGCGCCGCGACGCCGUGAUCUUCUCCGCCUGCUCGCCCUUCGUCGCGCUGUCCGGCUGCGGCGACCGCUUCCGGACGGCACGUGACCUCGUCCGGCACGUGCGGACGGGCCUCCACGUGAACGAGUCCGCGAUGCCCGUGCUGGACACGGCGGGCUCCGCCCACGUGGCCGUCCGGCUGAACGCGUACGUCCUAGACUUCUUCGCGCACGGACAGAAGGAGGCGCUGGUGGCCGGAAACGGCCUUUUGGAGGGGGACGCGUAUGAGGGGCUCAAGACUUUCGUGAUGGUGCUGCGGACGAUCGCAACGGCGCUCGGGAAGCUGGGCCCUGAGGAGGAGGAACUAGGGCGAGGGGAUCCAGUGGUGGCGGCGUUUGAGCGGCUGGCGCUGGAGUACCAGACCAAGUUUUUUAAAUUCAACGGGUAG